AGACUCGAGGACCACUAUCACAACACCCUCUGCGACAACCUCAUGUACAUGACCUACAAACAUGAAGCCGGUGUACGCCCACCUCCACGUCAAAUCAGGCUCACCUUCGAUCCAAACGACCCAUACACUAAACACCGUUACAACCCCCCAGUCGGCGGAUCGCAGCUGGGUAAGAAACCAGCUCCACCGUGCACGCCGGAGAACGUCGUAAGGUUAGAGAAGAUUCAGAUACACACCAUGGUGAAGGAGGCUGUGGCGAACAAGGGGAAUUUGUUGGGUGCCAUAAUGAUGAUGCGCGCGUUGACUGGCGAAACCUUUCAAGGCGUCCAAAUCGUUCGGGGAAAGAAGUCGGUGGGCGGCUGGCUACGACCUGGCGUGCCUCUCGGCGUAAAGGUCGAUUUGAGGGGGCAGGCUAUGUACGAUUUCCUCGGGACGCUCGUCGAGUUUGUGCUCCCGCGACUGCGCGACUUUAACGGGAUUGUCCUGCCACCUCAGUCUGCGGUUUCUGGUGUAGUGUCCUUUGGUCUUCCCGCCAACGCGAUGGUCUUCUUUCCCCAGAUUGAGGUCAACGUGGAUGCCUAUCCGAAGUUGGCCGGUAUGCAUAUUCACUUUGUGACAAAUGCGAUAGGGCAGGGCGCUCAGGACAAGGCGAGAGCUCUGGUCUCAGGGUUCCAAAUACCCUUC